UAUAUAAUGCCAUUAAUGACAAGGAGAUGGAGAAAGUCAAACAAAGUCCCAGGACGUCCUGCGUGAAAACUUUGGCGUCUGCUGCCCGUCGACGGACGUCUGGACCCACAAAAGGCGGACUAGAUUGAAGAAGACGGUGUCCAUUGUCUCCCAAGCUGCAGACUCAGGUGACGACGACGACCCUUCGUCUUUUCUCGCCAGACUCAUAAAAAUCCACCCAGCUGCGAUGGCUCCCACAUUGGCCACGGCUUUCGCACGCCGCUGGUGGAUGGCGGUGACGGCGGUCAUUGAGAACCUGCUUUUCUCCGCCGUGCUGCUGGGCUGGGGCUCUCUGCUCAUCAUGCUCAAGUCGGAGGGCUUCUAUUCCUACCUCUGCAAAGCACCUGACAGCAACAGCUCCAACGUCAGUCUGUCCAACUCGUCCAUUGUUGAAACGUCUGACGCUGAGGAGUACCUUGAGAUGAACGGCUGGCAAAUCUGCAAGGACCAAGACGAGAUGCUGAACUUGGCCUUCACUGUUGGCUCCUUCCUGCUGUCUGCCAUCACUCUGCCCAUGGGCAUUGUCAUGGACAAGUACGGCCCGCGGAAGCUGCGACUUCUGGGCAGUGGCUGCUUUGCCUUUUCCUGUCUCCUCAUCGCCUACGGAGCAAGUGAUCCCAACAAUCUGUCCAUCCUGAUCUUUUUCGCCUUGGCCAUGAAUGGAUUCGGAGGCAUGUGCAUGACGUUCACCUCUCUAACACUUCCCAACAUGUUUGGAGACCUGAGGUCGACUUUCAUUGCGCUGAUGAUCGGGUCCUAUGCCUCUUCUGCAGUCACUUUCCCCGGCAUCAAGGUGAUCUAUGACCUGGGGGCCACCUUCAUCUCCAUCUUGUUGGUUUGGGCUGGGUGUGCCUGCCUGGUCUUCUUCAACUGUUUUGUAAACUGGCCUCUGGAGCCCUUCCCCGGCCCAGAGGACAUGGACUUCACAGUAAAGAUCAAGUUCAGCUGGUUGGGAUUCGACCACAAGAUCACAGGGAAGCAGUUUUACCGGCAGGUGACGACUGUGGGGCGUCGUCUGAGUGUGGGCAACUCGCAAAAGCAGCAAUACUUGCCGCCCAAAACCCUCGCCUCUCAAGACGCCAGCAAGGUGUGCCUGUCCACCGUCGACCUGGAGGUGACAUGCAAGUCCCCGCAGCAAACUCAAUCAUUCAUGAAGAGCGUGCUGAGCCCCAUCUUCCUCUUGAGCCUUAUCACCAUGUGUGUGACCCAGCUGCGCCUCAUCUUCUAUAUGGGUGCUAUGAACACCAUCCUAGAGUCCCUGACGGAGGGAGACCUCACAACAGUGGAAAGGAUGCAAGUGGUCAGCACAUACACAUCCAUCUUUGGCGUACUGCAGCUACUGUGUCUGGCAACUUCCCCUGUGAUUGGCUACGUCAUGGACUGGAGGCUCAAAGACUGUGAGGAUGAAAAGGACAAGAGUAUUGUGAGGGAGCCUGGUCAGCCUCGCCGCCCAGACAAAAAGAUUCAGAAAAUCGUCAACUCCACCCGAGCUUUCAUCUUUACUAACCUACUGUUGGUUGUCUUUGGAUGCACUUGCAUUGUCCCCAACCUUCCCCUUCAGAUUCUGUCCUUCGUACUGCAUACAAUUGUGAGGGGCUUCAUCCACUCUGCUGUUGGAGGCCUCUAUGCUGCUGUGUACCCGUCCUCUCAGUUCGGCAGCCUGACAGGCAUGCAGUCUCUGAUCAGCGCUCUGUUUGCCCUGCUCCAGCAGCCUCUCUUCAUGGCUAUGGUGGGACCCCUGGAGGGAGACCCUUUAUGGGUGAACGUGGGCCUUUUGGUGCUGAGCAUGCUGGGAUUUUGCCUGCCCUUGUACUUGCUGUGCCACAGCCGCACCCUCCAACGCCUCAGAGAUGAGAUGGACGAAGACCCAAAGAUCUAUGUCCAGAUGGACAACGGUACCAAGACCGAGGCCUUUGUGUAGAGCAAGAACGUGACAAGGAAGGAGGAUGCGUUACAUAAACUUGAUAAAGAGAAGACAAGAUGGUAGUUAGGAGUCGAAGAGGUCACUCCAUUCCAUCUUGGACACGCACACUUUCUUCACCGACACUUGUUACUGCCAUCAGGAUUUCCUGCACCACUGUGUGACUAAGGGACACGCUAAGACACAUUUUGAGCCCUCUGCCGGAACGAAUGAGUCACUGACCUGAGCAGUACCGAGAGAGCAACAGUGCCAACUUCCUUCUCCGAACUCUUUGCACCAUCACAUUCUGCUUUGCAUCCUUAUUGUCCCGCCUGACUAAAAACCACGAGGUGUGUUACAGACUUUGUCGCUUCAGGUCCGGGACCGGUGCUUUUCGUACAGAACUUCAAGCACAAAGAGUUCAUUCUCCUCAAGUGGUGACGUCAAGUGAUGUAGUGGCUUGUGCUGAAGGGGCAUUAUAAAGUCAGUAUCAGUAGCAAUUCAGUGGCGAAAAUCAGCAAAGAUGGCUUAGUCCAGUGUGAGGGUAUGAAACUGGUUUCACUGCAUGCCGCUCAUACACUCUGCUGGAAUAGACACAGCACGCCCUCUCUGUCUGUGUGCGUGUGUGUGUGAGUUGUUCAACGUCACCAGAUCCGCUUAGUAUGUGCUACAUGUCUUUUUACACAUGCUGCUUCUAUGUGGUGGCUUUUGAGAGAAGUGGACGCUGGAGGUCAUUUGGAAGCGUGCAGGCUCAGCCGUAGCAAUAAGUGCCUCUGUGAGAUGCCAGACACAAUCAGGCUUAAAGCGAGUACUUACGUCAUAAGUACACUGUGCACUUCCACUCGGCAUUGUGGGUGCAUAAGUACGUUCACACGGAGAAGUAUGGUGAGUGUGCAGUGAUAGACGCUUAGCCAUCCUCAAUAGUCGGCAUCAUGGGUAAUGUGAGGGACUAACUCGGGUGGUUGCAAUUCAUAAUCCAGAAUACCGUAUUUCCUUGAAUUGCCGCCGGGGCGCUAAAUAAUUUAGAACCUCUUCUCACUCCUGCGCUUACCAAAGGCAUGCGGUAAAAGUAAGCAUGCGCUAAUUAUUUUAAAACCUCUUUUCACUCCGGCACUUACCAAAGGCAUGCAGUAGAAAUUUGAGUGUGAUGUAAGCUUGGACCUUGAAUCCUACUGAAUAGCUCUUAAUCUUCUUCCCUUUAUGCAAUUUCAAAUUAUUGGUAGUGAAAUCAGCCUCCUCCAUUUUGAAAGUGAUGACAGGGGAAGUGUCACUCGUGACGUCACGAGUUUGACCCGGCAGUAAUUCAAGGCAGGCGCAUACUAUAUGCAGCAGGGGUCACCAACCUUUUUGAAACCAAGAGCUACUUCUAGGGUACUGAUUAAUGCGAAGGGCUGCCAGUUUGAGACAUACUUAAAUAAAUUGCCAGAAAGAGCCAAUUUGCUCAAUUUACCUUUAACUCUAUGGUAUUAUUAAUAAUUAAUGAUAUCUAUCUUUGUGGAAACACUGAUAAUCUUAAUGAUUUCUCACAAUAAAUAUAUAUAGAAACAGAUAAAUAUUUUUAGAAAUAUAUUUCGACUCUUUAAAAUUCAACCGAAAAAAAGAAGAGAAAAACUAGCUAAUUCGAAUCUUUAUGAAAAAAUUAAAAACAAUUAUUUAUGGAACACCAUUAGUAAUUUUUCCUGAUUAAGAUUCAUUUCAGAAUUUUGAUGACAUGUUUUAAAUAGUUUAAAAUCCAAUCUGCACUUUGUUAAAAUAUAUAACAAAUUGGACCAAGCUAUAUUUCUAACAGAGACAAAUAUUUUUUGCGAAUUUUAAUCAUAAUAAGUUUGAAGAAAUAUUUCACAAAUAUUCUUUGUCGAAAAAACAGAAGCUAUAAUGAAGAAUUUAAUUAAAAUGUAUUUAUUAUUCUUUACAAUAAAACAAAUAAAUUUACUUGAACAUUGAUUUAAAUUGUCUGGAAAGAAGAGGAAGGAAUUUAAAAGGUAAAAAGGUAUAUGUGUUUAAAAACGCUAAAAACCUUUUUAAGGUUGUAUUUUUUCUCUAAAAUUGUCUGAAAGUUAUAAGAAGCAAAGUAAAAAAAAAAAUGAAUUCAUUUAAUUAAACAAGUGAAGACAAAAUCUUUAAAAUAUUUUCUUGGAUUUUCAAAUUCUAUUUGAGUUUUGUCUCUCUUAGAAUUAAAAAUGUCGAGCAAAGCGAGACCAGUUUGCUAGUAAAUAAAUACAAUUUAAAAAAUAGAGGCAGCUCACUGGUAAGUGCUGCUAUUUGAGUUAUUUUAGAACAGGCCAGCGGGCGACUCAUCUGGUCCUUACGGACUAGCUGGUGCCCGCGGGCACCGCGUUGGUGACCUCUGCAGCAAUUCAAGGAAAUACAGUAACCUAAAUAAGGACCUGCUCAGUGGCCUUGUGGUUAGAGUGUCCGUCCUGAGACUGGAAGGUCGUGAGUUCAAACCCAUACCAAAGACUAUAAAAAUGGGGCCCAUUGCCCCCCUGCUUAGCACUCAGCAUCAAGGGUUGCAAUUUGGGGUUAAAUCACCAAAAUGAUUCCAGAGCGGGACCACUGCUGCUGCUCACUGCUCCCCUCACCUCCCAGGGGGGGAACAUGGGGAUGGGUCAAAUGCAGAGGAUAAUUUCACCGCACUUCGUGUGUGUGACUAUCAUUGGGACUUGACUUUUAACUUAACUUUAAUGCUGCGUUCCAUUUACCUUGCAAGUUGGAGCUGGGAAUGAAGUCACAGCAAAGUUACGAAAGUCAGAAAUCGAGAUGGCCUCACGAAAGUUGUAAAAAUAAACACAAAUAUGUCAGUGUUUGCCAUGUAGUGUACACAUACCAAAAUGGCAAAAUUUUGUUUCCAGAAAAAUUUCCCACAUUGUAACGCAUACACCUGAUGUUGUGCAACAAAAACUAGUCAAACGUGGUAAUAACAGCGAUGACAGGUGCUUUUUUUUUACGAUUGACACUCAGAGCAGCCCUUCUUGAAAGUGGUGUGCUGACUUCGGACCAGGAACUGGGAAAUUCCGACAUUCCAGUGCAAAUGGAAUGGAGCAUAAGACGGAAAAGCGGGUAAAUAGUAGGCGUGCUCCCAAAAAAAAAAAUGUUAGUCACUUCCAAAUUGUUAUUUGUAUUCAUUCCGAUUGAUAAUUUUCAAAAAUGGAUAUAAAAACAAAACAAAAAAGUGUUUUUAAAAUUCUGAAUCAAUUCUAUAUCAUAAGUCAACAACGAAAAAGGAAGUUUUUUAAACUGAAAGGUUUUAUUUGGAUUAUUAUAGCAAAUAAUACAUUGCGAUGAUCACUUUUUAUCGGGAAUCGAUUCUGGAUCAAAUUGUAACCCCAAGAAUCGUAAUCAGCUUGAAAAUUCUCAUCUCCUGUAGAAAGUGCGACGACACUGAUGAAUUUGGAACACCACACCAAAGAGGACUGAUUUGAGACACAGCUUAUUGUUUACCCAAGUCCUCUUAUUCUCCCAAAUCCUUUUCAAUGUGAAUUGCAACCACUCGAGUUAGCCCUUCCUCUUCCGCUUUGACUGUCCAUUUGUUUUAGUAACAAAAUAAUGCUCUCUUCCAGAUCAGUAACUGUAACAUUUUCAUUAUUAUCCAUUGGGGAGCAAUAUUGUAGGUGUAAGAAAACAUGCUAGAGAAAUAAUUAAGAUGGAGAGAAGUAAAAAGAAAUGUCAUUUUCUUGAGUAGUUUUUAAACAUUUCCACACACUGCACACUCACUAAUUUGACUGUUUUAAAUUCAACAGCUUUGUUGUACCGGUAAUUAAAAUGUACUGCAACAUUACAACAAAUGACUGAAGAUUACAUACCUUUAUAUUUCACAGUAAAAUACUGCAAUCAGAACCCUCUAUAACAGGGAUCCCUAAACUUUUUGACUACGGGGCCAUAUAUAUAUAUA